AUGUCAGAAAUUGAGAAAAUCUAUUCAAAUGAUGUUCAACCUGAGAAUCAACAAGCCGUGAAUAAAACUUCUGAGGAUUUUCCAGCAAAAAUUGGGCCUGCUUUGCAAGAUGAAGCUUCUGUCGCAACGACAAAUGGUGGGACCAAUGGAGAUGAACAGGUGAAAGAUGAACAUUCUAAUGAUGUUAAUAAAGUAGAAGAUGUUAGUAAAGCAGAAGAACUAAAGGAAGAAAAAAUGGAGGAAGCAAAAGGAGAACAAAUGGAUUCACAGUUGCCAGAAAAGAGCUAUGAAGAUAAUGAGGCAUACAAAAUGUUUAUGUCGAAGAAUUUGCACAAACCUGUAGCUGACAGUCUGAUGAAAAUGUUUGAAGAGAUUGGGACUACAACUGCCGAGUUUGAUGACAGGGCUGUAGAGAUGUUGGCAACUUUUCCAUCUGAACAAGGAAAAUAUAUUAUUAAAGAGCUUCACAAUUCUCAUCUUUUUGGCGUGCAAAAUACUCCACAAUAUUUGAUGUCAGUUAUGCGUAACUUUCGUGAUCGUCUUCGCUCGAUGGGAGCACAAUCAGCGAUGGAAUUGCCAUUAAUCCCCGGCCCUGAUCCAAUAAAAAUGAAAGCCUUAAUUGAGCGUACCCAGUAUCAACUUGAAGUUACUGUUGGUCAACGUAAAUAUCAUUCUCCUCCUGGGUAUGAAGGCCCUGAUCCAAAUCAAUCUGGUGAAGGGGGCUGUGUUUACAUUGGCCAGAUCCCUAAAGAGAUUUAUGAAGACACUUUGGUUCCUUUGUUUGAGCAGGCCGGACAACUCUAUGACUUGCGAAUUAUGAUGGAUCCAGUCUUGGGUAAGAGUCGUGGAUAUGGCUUUCUCAUCUUUUGUAAGAAGGCAGAUGCCAUUGAAGCAGCUAAAAAGUUUGACGGACAUGAAAUUCUGCCUGGAAAACCACUUAAAGUGAAUGUAUCCGUCGCGAACACUCGACUUUUUCUCGGAAAUAUCCCAAAAUCAAAAUCAAAAGACGAAAUUCUUGAGGAAUUGAAAAAGCACGCAGAUAAUAUAGAUGAUGUGAUUAUUUAUACUAAUCCUGAUUCGCAAGAUGGGCGCAAAAAUCGGGGAUUUUGUUUUAUUGACUUUAAUGACCAUAAAACUGCUUCGGAUGUUAAGAGAAGAAUCACCAUGGGAAAAAUUCGACCGUGGAAUACUGAUUUGGUUGUUGAUUGGGCAGAACAACAGGAUGAACCAGAUGAUGAAAUAAUGCAGCAAGUAAAAGUACUUUAUGUACGCAACUUGAAGGAGUGUGUUACCGAAGAACAACUUACCUCACUGUUUGCUACUCAUGGUAAAAUUGACAAAGUCAAGCGGAUUAAGGAUUAUGCUUUCAUUCAUUUUGAGGAGAGAGAGUCAGCGACAAAGGUUUUUAUUUUAAAAAUUUCUUUAAGGAUUAGUUCUAUCGAUAAUUGGUCAUUCAUUUUCAUUAUUUUAAAAUGA